AUGUCACGUAAUGAAAGAUUUCUUGUUGUUGAUACAGUUGAAGUAAAUCAUCGUCUUCGACAAGAUAUUGAUCAAUUAACAAAUAAUAGAGAAAAGAUUGAAGCUGUUAUUGGAUCAGAUUUUAUUAAUCCAUCACCUGAAUCAUCAAAUCAUUUCGUAUGUGUUUUUGUUUAUCAUCCAGCAUCUCGUACUCUUCAUGUUGAUGGUACAAUAAUAUAUGCUGAAAGACCAGAUAUUUUUUACUUUAAUUAUUAA